GACACACUAGACAAUACGUUUAACAAUACAAAUGCAUUACACGCGCAUCAACAUGAAAAGAUUUGUAAAACCGACCACGGCAUUGGCUAGAGAUGUUGAAUUCUUUUUCCAGAGGCAUAAUAAGCUUUUAGAGAGCGCCGUCUUUCAACUCAAGUGACUUGUACUUCCCGGCUCUCAAAUGCCUGGGUUGCGCUGAGAUAUGCAACGACACACCCUGGCUGCCUCGUGAAGCUCACCCCGUUUUUCCCGGACUCCUCCAUGCCACCCCCAACCGGGCUCGGAGAUGACACCCCGACACCUUAUUUUCCCCGGAUUAUCUGCAUACCUUGCAUCUGGACCUGGUUGUAGUUAAAAGCAAUCUCCUUGCACUUUUUCGACACACCAAUGUCUGAACCUUGCAAACGGAAAUUGGUGACGCUUUUACCCAACACCAUGAAAAAGCGCCAGCAGAGGGCCGCUCCCAAGCCCACCACGGUGUUCAACAACCCUCAGGGUGCUACAAAAAGCCAGCCCAAGCUUCGCUUCCUUAAGUCUUGUGCAAGGUGUCGCAAACACAAAAUCAAAUGCAAUCUCAGCGAAACGCGCCCAAACCCGUGCUCUGCCUGCUCCCGUAGGGGCCACGAUUGUCACAUAGAAACUGUCGUCCAUGUCCAACGCUCCACAAUCAUCAAGAACAUUGCCGACAGCAUUGAGGACAUGAAGGCCCUGGUGGACAUGUUGAUGUUGCAGGAUCGUUUACUUCAAAACAUUUGCCAGGAAAGAGGAAUCAAGGUAGACGGGCUUUUCGAUCUAGAGUCUAUCUCUGCUUACCCCUCUCCCAUGUCUUCACAUACUCCUUCUUGCGACGAGAGCUGCAAGUCGCUUUCCAUCGACUCGUGUUCGCCGGUCCCUUCGGAUGACGAGUAUUCUUUCGAUGAAUCCCCUUGCUUCAGUCUUGGUAGCAAGGACUAUUCUGCCGUCACUAUCCAGUCAUGGUUCGGCGUGUUCAACACAAGCUACCUGGAAAAAGUGCCCAUCAUGCACCACAUAUCCUCGCCAACUCGGUUGCACCAUCAGUCGCCACUUCUCUUUUGGACUGUCGCCUAUCUAGUGUCCAAAGAUGCAGACAUUGUUGGCUAUUUGAAACAGCAGUUGCAGGACUCCACCGAUAUUUAUUCCAUUCAGGCCAUUGUACUGUUGGCGUCGUUUCCUCAAAAACACAAUUUCGACAUAUACUCUCUUCUUCAGCGUGCAAAAGAGAUUGCCGUCCAGCACGAACUCAACAAAGAUUAUUCCCCGCACUCGAAAUUAUCCUCCACUCACUCGCAAAAUAUCUGGUGUUUGAUUUUUGUGCUUGGAACUCUACAUAGCUUCAGACUGGGGAAACAAUGGUCGUCGUCGUCAGACAGGCUGUUGGAGCUUAAGAAAAAUCAGAGCUCGUAUACUGGAGAGCUGGUGAAUAUCACGCUCUAUUUCUCAAAGAUGCUGAACAGCCUUGUUUUCGACAUUGACAAGGAAAACGCAGCAAAGGACAAUCUUGUCAAGAGCUCGCUGUCUUCCUGGAAGCACCAGUUGAGCUCAAUAGCGUCGCCGGAGGAUCAGUCCCUUCGCUCUUUAUUGUCUGUGAUCCAUCUAACUCUAACUCUUCUAGAGCCGGCAAAAGAACUGGCCGACAAAGCUAUCCAAUACUCUACCCUGAUCAUCCGUUGUCGCGAACUGGUCGACCAGCUGGUGGGGGUGAAUGUCGAACAGUCCCCAAUAUUUAUUAAGAUCGCUCUGGAUUUUGCCACGCUCUUGACUCUUCGCCUCAGCACCACGCCUUAUAGCUCUUGCGCUAAAGAAGAACAAGCAGCUUUGGAGAUGUUUGUUAAAAUGUUCAAAAAACUCUCAUCCACGCGAGGUCUUGAAAACUCAUCAGAGCUGAUAAUGUCAAUCGUCCAUUACCAAACCACAACCAUUUCUCAUGGGGCUCUGUAUUACCAAACAUACUCGUUUGCAACCAAGCUUUUGCAAGGCCUUUACCCAACGUUGAAUGACGUACAGAACCCAGAUACUGAGGAUCCAUACGUGAUGGACGCUGAAUACCGCUUGUUCCAGCAGCUCAAGAACUUGGAUUUGAGCAACCCAGAGAAACCAAAGCCUUUCGACGUUGUUGACGUGUUCUUGAAAUUGGAAGAUGAAACAGAUACUCUAAAUGAGAUGCUUUAACACUAUUUAUACGAUUGUGCAAUCGUCGGGCCCAAUACCAUACAUAAUUUUGUCCACCGAUCGUUUGAUGCUAACCCAAUCACUGCGGCGACUCACAAAGGAAUAUACCUCUUCUGGACUAAAGAUACCGUUGUCUCGUCCAAGGUCUAUCACUAGCUUCCCAAGAUCCUUGCAUUUAUUUUUAUCGUCGCAUUCAAUCAAAAACAGCUGGCUGAUUUCUUUGAAAGCCACCAGGUACUGCACCGUUUGCUUAAUUUUGUACUUCACAAAAAAGUCGUACAGGUAGUUGAUAUCGGUGAUGAACUGGAUCGCACCUAUAGUUGAAAUAUUCAGUUUCGUGGUCAGAAGUUUUAUAAACGUCGCAAUAAACCUCUCGCCAAUCUCUUCUUUGAAUAUAUCCAAUAUGGAUUUAUCAAUAGAUUCCGAUAACAUUUUAAAGUGUGACUCCAGUAUUGUAACAGUUUGCUUCACGUAGACACUUGGCUGGCCAUUUUUCAUCCCCAGUUGUUCCAUAUUCACCAAAUUGUAAGUUCCUUCAUUCACCUGGGACCUGAGAAUGCACAUAUUAACCUCAUUCAUGAUUACUUGAAUGCUGAUAUCCAGUCCAUCAGCGACGUAUGUGUCAAGCAUUAUUUCGAGCUUGGAUAUUGUCUUUUCGCACUGAUUGGAAGAUAAAAAGUCUCUACUUUUCUGAGGUUUUGUUUUCACAAUCUCAUUCUUCACUAGCUCUUCGUUAUAGAAGAUGUUGAUCAUUUGUAAAAUUAGGUCUCCAACAUUAACAAGUUCAAUGAAGUUUGUUAGCGGCUCCACUUUGUAAUCCACACUAACCUCCAACUCUGCUGGGUUAUACUCUUUCAAUCGAGUCAGUGCCUCUUGAAACCCGCUUUUUAUAUGGCGGUCAAUCAACGUUGAAAGCAUGUCUAUGAAUAUGUCCUGGCACACUUUGUGAAUACUGGCUUUUAUUUCGGAAGUGGCUGAGUUUUUGGUCAGUCCAAGUAAUAGGUCGUAGCUGUUUUUGACAUGCUGUAGAAUUAGAACAGUCAAGUCCAUGCUAACCAGAGAUUUGAUGUUUUGAACAUUGGUAGUCAAUAUUUGAAGCUUAGCUGCAAACUUUGUCAAUUUCGUCUCAUUCUCGAUCUCCUCUUUCUCUGUUUUCUUAGCUCCUUUAAGUCUGAAUAUAUUAGUGAAACUGCUGAAAAUGUCGAAUGUGUGGUUUGUUUGUGCUUCUGAGGAAUCAUCUACAAAUUUGAGUAUUUCUUGUUCCAGCAUUUUCUCAUUCUCUACUUUGUUAAGCUCCCAGGUCUCUAUUAGGUGCACGAGAGAUUGGUGGCAUUGUUUUGGUAGCUGAUCGGAGAACUCCACCAAGUGGGGUUCAUAGUAGAAGUUGAUGAAUCCAAUAAUCACCGGAUAGUAAUCCAUCUUUGUGGCCUUGUCCGUCGAGUCCAUUGCGCUCUGUGGAUAGUGCAAAUUUUCAAAGGUUGUCAGGAGUUUAUGAUGCAAAAAAGGAACGCACUGGAAAUAGAGCGAGUUCUCGUUCAUGAUGUUGACAUGAGGCGGGUCGGUCUUUUCGUCUUCUGGCUCUGGCUCCAAAUCUACUGGCUCAUCAAGACCAUCAAUAUGUUUUGCCCGAUUUAUCAGUUUUUCAACCAGUCCUCCAAUGAAGUAGUUACCAAGAAACGUCUCCAUCAGCUUCAACACGAUGGGUACCUCAUCGGCAUUGGUAUCAAAUAUUCGAUCAAUUUCAUUCAAUUGAGUGUUCAGUAAGCUUGCAAUUUGAUUGAAGAUGGUGUCGACUUCUACAAAAUCCAAGUAGUGUCCUUUCACAACCCCGCGAGCCUUGUGUGUAGCCCUCUUGAGAACACGGUCCACUGUAUCUUUGGAUGACAAAAAUGAGUAUGAAUUGACAUAUCUGUCAAGAAAAAACUCCAGUAGAGCCUCCAAGCUGUCCACCUCGAUGUCGCCAAUAUCCAAAUUUAAAUUGUCAAGUGCGCUGAUCAGUUUGCGUGCCUCCUUGAAGUCCUCUUGCUUCAACCGUAUAUCAAUUUCUCGAAUCACUGAUGUGACAAACAGGUCCAAAAUCGUAUUGAGUCUGAUGACCAUAUUCCUAUAUCUGUCCUCAUGUCUGUAUAUUUGUAUGAAUUUGCCCAAACCAGCAAAGAGCAUGGAUUGGUCAAAUGGGUUAUUGAUUUCUUUGAACACCGCAAGCGACUGAAAAUUGGAGUAGUUCUUUACUAGUAGAUCGUUCGCUAUGGGCGCCAUGAUUUCGUAGAUUUUGAUGAACUCCAAGCGGGCUAGAUUUGGAUCAGAAACGCUUCUUGAUACACAAUUGAUAGGUGUCAAUUCCUCGUCAAUGAGCAUAGAAGUAUCUCCAAAAGCCCUUUCAGUUUUUGUUCUCCCAUUUGUACUUUCCUGACUAGCCGGCCUUUUCCAGCAGUGUAUGGUUUUCAGAUACCCUAUCCACAACUUAUUGUCAUUUAUAAUCUCAUUGUAACAGGAUUUAUUAACUAGGCUAAAGUUUAGCAAGUCCCGAAAGUUGCUAAUAUUCACUGCAAUUGUGUGAACAAUAUUGGCGGGUAUCACCU